AUGCCUCCUCCACCCUUGCACGAGUCGUCGACGACGACCAUGACGACGACGGCUCGAAAGCGUCGCAAGACCACUUCGGCUCGCUCUAGCUACGCUUCAUCUUCGUCCUUGAGCUCGAUCGAGUCGAGACACAGCGGCUCCGUGGUGAGUCCGAAAGUUAAUGGCACCGCUACGGUUCCUGCUGCUGCUGCUGCAGCUGCUCCCUCAGCUUCCAAACCGAACCAUGAUCCGCAUCAACCACCGCCUGGUCGAGAGCUCAAGAGCUGCACAGAGUGUGGGCGUCGCAAGAUUCGAUGCGACAAGCAGCGCCCCUGCACGGCGUGUACAAACCGAGGCGAGCCCGAGCUUUGUUACUCGGGCACCUAUACACGCCUUCGCACAGAUAGAAAGUCGUACGCUACCGUCGAACAGUUUGACCAGCUCAAGCAAAAACUCAAUCAGCUCGAGUCGGCUUUGGCCCAUCGCCUCUAUCCCUAUCGCAACGCGCCUCACAUGCCGUUUCCGUCGUCAUCCUUGUCCGCACAACCACCACCUCUGCACGCCACUUCCCACCUGUCCUUGUUAUCAGACCUAUGCGCCGCAUCAGCAUCAGCACCCUCAUCGUCGUCCACAUUCACUGCUCCGCCCUCGCCUCGUCCUCCUCGUCCCGCCCAUACUCCCAAUGUCGCUCGAGACCCGGCAUUAGCAACAGGUCCCACCCACAAAGCUGCCACUGCGCAGGCGGAGCAGCACUCGGCCUUGCUGGGCCAGCUCUCGUCGAGCAUCCGGCGUAUAGCCCUCGACCACUCGUCCUGGGCCGAGACCUCUUUCGUUGCCGAGGAUGCCAGCACCGGUUCGCUGCAUGCUGCUUUCCUCGCGCGACUGCUCGUGCUCUUCCCACGGCGUCACAUUGCGAAUGCGCUCAUCGACGCCUUCUUCUCGCUGCCCAACGUCGUCCUCAACCACGUCAUCGAUCCCGCCGAGCUACACACCGCCGUGGAUGGUCUCUACGACGACUUGCUCCAACGACGACGCCCGCGCACACCUCCUGCGUUCAUUGCACUUUUGAUGGCCGUAUUUGCCGCUGGCUUGCAUGCCGCAGAUCCAGAUGUGCCCGAACAACGUACAGCACUCGAGGCGUGCGGGUGGGUGGCGCAUACGCACCAUCCCAGUGCUGCUACCGCAUCCCUGUUGAACCUCAGCCAGUCCUUCUUCAACGUGCGCGUCGCGGGGCUCACCGGAUUCGCACAUGGAGAUGGCCCGGGAGGUCAGGUCAGGCUGACCAUCCCAUUUACGGUCAGGGCGUGGCAUGAGUCGUGUCUCAAGGCUCUCCAUCUUGCUGAUUUCUUGGCGCAACCCAGCUUCCCCGCUCUGGCUGCGCUUGAGGUCAUGGGCUGCAUCUGUCUGGAACCCACGCAAGCCGCGCGCCGCGACUCGCUGGCUGCCAUUGCCUUUGCCAUGGCGCGCAGGCUCAAGCUGCAUCGCAGCAGCAGCAGCAACAAGGACCAUCGCUCCCGCCACCGCACCCGGCUCAUCUGUGUCAUGGCGCUUCACGAGUGUCAGGCGGCGCUCGCACAUCCGGACCGCAACGGCUUCGUUGCUUGGCCCCACAAUAUUAACCACCAAGAUGCGGCCGCAGAGUCGUACGAUGCCAUCAUGGCGCGACUGGUCACGCUAUCGCAGCACGUGUGCCAGACCGUCUUCCAACACAGCAACGCGGGCCAACAGACUGACACUCUUCCCGUGAGCGUGGCGACCAGGCUGUGUGGAGAGAUGGAUACGUACUACCAACGUCUACCUCGCGGGUACAUGCAGGCCGAGAUGCACGCCGAGCCGCGCUCUGCGAAUCCACGUGCGUCGGCGAGUCGGUCGAGCAGCGUGGCCACGGGCGUUGGCGAUGCCGGUGUGCAGCAGCUGGACCGCAGCUUGGUGCAUAUCCACCUGGCAGCAUUGCGCGUGCUUGUGCUCACCCGCAUCCCCUCUGUACAGCGAUCCAACAGCCGCACCGGCAGCGGUAGCAGUAGCUACGCCGUCCACGACGCACUGCGCAGUGAACUGCACACGAUCGCCCUUCGACACCUCACCCUCUCGGCCAAGGUGUGCACAGUCUGGCCGGCCUUCCUCAAGUUCAGCAACAACGGUCUGCUCGUCGUGCGCUCGGCUCUUGCCGUCGUGCUGCAUCUCCAAAUGGGUUGGAUCGAGACAGCGCUGCGCCAGCGCGUGGCGGCUGCCCUGGGUUGGGUGUGCGACCAGCUGCAUGCACUCAAAGCGCACGGGGCGCAGGUGGGCAAGCUCAAGUGGCUCAUCGAAGAGGUGCUUCGGCGCGGCCCACAUUUGCAUUCCAACGGCGAGGUCGUGCCGGCCCAGGAUCGACUCGACCAGCUCCUGUCACAGCUCGUGGCCUCGACGGCGACACCGGAUGCAGCUGAGCGCCCGGUAUGGUCCAACUUUGUAGGUCCAGAGACUCUGGAUACUGUUGCAUCCGUAGCCAACUAUUCGAACAACGGAGAUCAUCGUGCGCAGGAGGCGUUCCAUGUGCUGCGCAUCGAACCGGACUGCACCGUCAUGCUGCAGGAUUCUACGCAGCCUGCGGAAAAUCAGUCCGACUCGGUCCACGCACAACACCAGGAGAUGGAUGCUUCGCCACAACCACAACAAGAACAACAGCAAGAACAGCAGAAGACCCUUCCACCCUCAGAAGUUUCCCUGUUUGCCGCACACCCGCCUACGCCGAGGCUGAGCAUGGUCGCCGAAGUUUCACCCAGCUCUUACCACGACAUGGUUGGCUCACAGCCCAUGCAGAUCCCUGGGUUUGGCGAUCCUGUUGCCCAAGACACCGAUGUGCCUCAGUGGGUGUCUUCGCUCCUGGAAGCCGUGCUCAACGGGGUAGCCUAG